GGACUGUGGGGGCGAGUGUCAGUGGCGUGAGUGCGUUCGUGAGUACGUUAAGUGUUUGUUGUGGGGGUACCGCGUGUGUGUCGCCAACCCUGUCAGUUUCCCUCGCGCACACAUACGAGAGCGCACGCAUUUCAGAGUGAGAGGCAUGAGGGAGAGUGCGUUGGGUGUGCGAUUCCAUGGGGGUGUGCAGGAGAGAGAUGGGAGUCGAGGGCGAAGGGCGGUGAAGAAGGGCGAGGUUAUUUUACGAUCCACGCCCUUCGCUCAUGUCAUAGACUCUCCCUUCUUGGCCAUGUACUGCGACUCCUGCAUCGUUUCGUCUAAAGAUACCCUCCUUCGUCCGUGUCCAGAGUGCCGCGUGGUUUGGUACUGCGGCGACAAGUGCCGGGAGGAGGGGCAUGCAUGGCACCGGUUGGAGUGUCCCGCCCUUAAGAGGAGACAACAUAACCUCCCGCCCAACUACGUGAGACUGCUGGCCCGUGUGAUCUUGAGACUCAGGAAUGGAGGAGAUAAAAUUGUUGAGAAGUUUACAGAGAGGGAAGGACGUCGCUUCAGAGAUCUCAUGAGUCACUACUCGGACAUCAAGACGAGUGAAGGGGAGCUGAAGGACGCGGAAUACCUGAGGAACGAACUGGGCAAACUGAUCGGCGAGAGACUACUACCCAACAUGACCGAUUUUCUGGGUAUUUACGGCAGGGUGUUAGUAAACCGCUUCACCUUGAUGGACAAUACGCUACAGAACAUCGGCUCCUCCAUGUACCUCGCCGCCUCCAUCUUCGACCACGACUGCUCUCCAAACUGUCACAUCGCCUACUUGGGACGAACGGUGGAGAUCAGAAGCCUUGUCGAUAUGCCUUCCCUCGACUUCAGUAAGUGUUUCAUCUGCUAUCUGGAUCCCGUGAAGACAACAGCAAUGCGACGUCAAGAGCUGUAUAGAAAAUGGUUCUUCUGCUGCGAGUGUAAGACGUGCAAUAGCAAGGAGAAAAGGCGCUUCGAGAACUCCAUUGUGUGUGAAAACUCGACGUGUUUGGCGCCUGUCAGCCUGCCAGAUAUAGACGCACCCACCGAGGCGGCGCUCCGGAAGAAACAGCAGAAGCGGCAGCAGGAGGCGAUGAUGAAUGGGAAGGAAAAGGAAGAGAAGAAGAAGGAGACGGAGAAGGAGAAGCAGGCACUGGAGCAGAACGGAGUCGAGGAAAAAAGGACAUCGUUGCAGGAGAGAGGAAGGAAGAAGGAAAAGGAGGUGGAGGAUGAGGAGGCAAGGGAAGGUGAGGAUGAUGAAAGAGGGUCCGGGAAGGCGCUGUGCAGCCAGUGUGGGCAUCAGGUGAGUGAGGCGCGCAGGAAGCAGUACUGGGACACGGUUGCCUUCACCAGGGAAAAGCUGAAGAACAUGACGGAGGAAGAACCGGAUAUGGAGAGCUGCUUUGCCAUGAUAGAGCAGCAAAACGGUCUCUUUUCCCACAUGAACGCCUGGCGAGUGAGGACCCUUGACUUCGCUUUCAACGGGGCAAUGUUCCAAGGGUGCUGGAGCAUUGCCUUGAAGUACGGGGAAGAAAACCAUGACGGAAUGAGGUUCUACUACGGCCCAGACAGUCCUGUGUAUGGCCUGUUCCUCUAUAAGAUGGGCAAAGGCAAGAUUUACUUCAAGGAGUUCCGUACGGGAGUCCGUUUGUUGGAGGAAGCGGAAGAGAAGCUAUGUGCAGGCAUGGGAGACUCGCACCCGAUAUUGGAGGACGUGCGACUCGUGAACCUGAUGGCGAACGAGGAUGUAGAAAUCUGCCUGGAGAGACGCAUCGCCAAGGCCAAAAAGCGCGAGGAGGAGAGGCUGCAGCAGGUUGCCCAGCAGCCAGACAACUUCGCAGCACACAAAACCUUCCCCUGGACAAGCUGCGCCAACUAUGACAAGAUUAUCAAAUCGACUAAGCCAGUUGUGUCUCAAGAGGAUAAGUUUAAAACGAAGUCCAUUCUACGUCCCUCCCAGAUAGCUUAGAGAGAUUUAGAAUGUUGUGAUGGUUUGUAAGGAGUGCGUGAAUGUAAGGAAUAUCUGGUUAAUUAGGGGGAAGAAAUCAAAAUAAGCCAAUAUCUAAGUCCCUUUCAGAUUGUUUAGUGAGGUUUAGAAUGCUGUGAUGGUUUGUAAGGACUGACAGAGUCCGUGAAUGUAAGGAAUAUCUGGUUAAUUUGAGGGAGAUCAUUCAAACUAAGCCUAUUUCACGUCAAUCCCAGAUUGUUUAGUAAUGCUGAGUAUGCUGUGAUGGUUUGUAAAUACUUGCAGAGUGAGUGAAUGCUACGAAUAUUUGGUUAAUUAGAGGGAAAUCAUUCAAACUAAGUCUAUUUCACGUCCCUCUCAGAUUGCUUAGUGAGGCUGAGGAUGCUGUGAUGUUAAAUACUUGUAGAGUGCGUGAAUGUAAGGAACACCUGGUUAGUUAAGAUAAAGAAUUCAAACGAAGUCUUCCCUCUCAG